AGUUAAAAACGAGUUUAUUGUCUUCCGUUUUUGUUCCCAACGGCUCCGCCAGUGAAUAAAAUAAAAUGAAACGUCACUCUCUAAACGGAGUCAACGGAGAGGACUGAAUUGAAUUAAAUUGCAUUCAGGCUGAACGUGAAUUUGCGACCUUGUGCCGCCUCAGCCAAUCGCCUUGUGAUCUGUUGUUACGGCCGGUGCUUCUGUUUACAUCUUAUCAACCGAUUACACAGUGUAAAUCAGUCUUAGGAACGCCGCGGUUGUCGGCGUAUGCUUAUUAGAACUACAAAAAUAGAAUGCAAACGUCGUGUUGUGAUGUGAAGGCUCCGUGGAUUCGGUGCGAGUUGAGCUGACCUUCCAUCUGAGUAAAGACAUCGACCCACGCUGACUAAUAAAGAGACUCCUACGCGGCUCGGCCACCGAUACGAACUGCGUCGUCUAAACAAUACAAUGAGCGAAAUUAUGAGAAAUACUAACACUGUCGUGUUGCAAACUUAAGCUGUGGACGUUUAAAAAUAAGUAAAAAGUGUUUAUUUCUUAAAAAUCUGUGCGAAUCUUUCGUCUGCGUGAGUCAACCUGAACGCGUGCGAAUUGUGUUUGCUAUCAAAACUACCGAAUUCCGUCAACAGCCAAGGCUGCUGUAUACAAGGGUACAGAAACUUGAUGAUCUUCAACUGUGCAAACUGAAUGCAUUACGGCAACUGUUCAAAAAUGGCGGCAAUACAUUUAAGCGUCCAAUAGAGAAGGCAUGUUCUAGCUGGGGUGUGCGAAAACUGUCAAAAUAAGGAAGUCAGCAGGGCUGCUGUGUUACAAAGUGAGGAUGGAUGAAAGUGACGUCAUCAUAUCAUCCACGGAGAUUAUAAAAGAUAGACUGUAUUUCGCGACUCUGAAGAAUGGUUAUAAACCGAAAUCAACUAGGAACAGCAAGUAUUUUCACAUCGAAGAUGAGAUUGUCUACGAAAACUUUUAUUUCGACUUUGGACCUUACCACCUCUGUCAUCUGUAUCAAUUUUGCAACAAGCUUAAUGAGGAAUUGGAGAAGAAUCCGAAGAAAAAAAUCGUCUUCUAUACCAGCAACAAUGAGACCCUUCGACUCAACGCUGCUUACCUUAUUGGGAGCUAUCAGAUAAUAUACCUGGACUCUAGCCCUGCGGCGGUGUACAAGCAGCUGACAGACGGAUCAGAGUGGUCCCUCCUGAACUUCCGUGACGCGUCAGGAGGUCCACCACUGUUCGACAUCUCACUCCUCGAUGUGCUGCACGGCAUCAAGGUGGCCCAUGAUGCUCGGUUCUUCGAUUUCGACAAUUUCGAUGCCGAACAGUAUUUAUUUUAUGAGAAAGUCGAAAAUGGCGACCUGAACUGGAUUAUACCAGGCAAAAUGCUGGCUUUCUCUGGUCCCCACCAUCGGUCGCGGCUGGACCGUGGCUACCCGCUCCAUAGCCCUGAACACUACCACGAUUACUUCAGGAAACACCAUGUAACCACCAUAGUACGGCUUAACAAGAAGUCCUAUGAUGCUCGGCAGUUCACCGCUCAUGGGUUUGAACAUAGAGAACUGUUCUUCGUUGAUGGCUCCGUACCUUCAGACCUUAUUGUGAAUCGGUUUAUAAGGAUCACUGAAGCCGCCAAAGGAGCUGUUGCUGUGCACUGUAAAGCGGGCCUAGGUCGCACAGGUACCUUAAUAGCUUGUUACCUGAUGAAGCACCAUGCGUUCACUGCGCGGGAGUCGAUCGCGUGGCUACGCAUCUGCCGCCCCGGCUCUGUCAUUGGACAUCAGCAGUGGUUCUUGGAAAAUGUCCAACCUCGAAUGCACGCGGAAGGAGAGUCGUACCGGCGUCGUCACAACAUCACCUCGCUUCCAGUCUUCGAGAGAGGGAUCUACAGCGAGAUACCAGAAGUGGAGGAGAAGGUCCAACCAGCUGUGGACAACAAACCUGUGUCCUUGCAAACUAUACUUCAUACUAGCAAGAUCACCAAUAAUAAGUUGGACAACGCCAACGCUCUGAACGCCAACGAGCCUGACUCCGAGAACAACGUAACAACUGUCAUCGGCAAGUACAAGACCACCCCCACUCCAAUGCUCCCAACGAAGACAGUGUUCGCGCCCAAAAUGAACUACAUGAUGCCCACCAACAACAUACGGAACGCCAACAACACCAACUUGAAGCAACCUCCUCGGAUCAUCAACUCCACUCUCAAAUCUCAUUACGCAUCAAAGACUUCGACAUUUCCCCCAACUAGAAGUGCCAAUUCUCAAGCCAACAAACUGACGGGUCCCGUCAAACCUUUCACCGGUAAGAGUAGCUUCCACGGCCAACGAGCCAACCUCGCGCGCCCCGCUCUAGGCUACACUCACGGAUCAAGUCCCCUUAAAACCUUCACUAGAAAGACCGUCAGCGUCAGCAAAAUCCCCACCAACGACAGCGCAGUCGUCACAACACUCAACAACGUAACUUCAACUUUAUCUGCACUUACAGAAAACUGCCAUUUAAAUGGCAAAAAUCGUCUCCCAUCUGAGCCAAAUCUCAAAUCUGUAGUGCAAACUAAACCUACAAAUUCAAAUAUAAACGCGCGCAAGAAACUAAUAGUUAGAUCUAACUCCAGCUCCCGUAAAAAGCUCCCUAAGAAUAAUUUGCCUAAAACUGGUCUCGAAUCUACACAAGAUCUGUCUUCCAGUGACACGAAUGUCACUAAUAUAUCCGCGGAUUCCCUCGAAACUCCGUUCAGGUUCAGGCGGAAACGGGACAAGUCCAGUAGUCCGGAGCCAAUGGAUUGUAUCUCUAACUCUGUGAUCACGGCGGACGUCACUCCCGACAACUACGAGGAGACAAACAACUCCCAGGGAAACAAAUUGUAUAAAAUCAAGGCGUUGCGAAAGAAAUGUCCCGCGUUCGGAGUCAGUUUGCUGAAGAAGGAUGGCGUCCAAACCCGGUCGAGUAGUUGUGCCAGUAGCUCGACCGUCAAGAAGAAAUGAUCUCUGUGAAUAACCCCGACGACUAGCAAGUAGUGUUCGUGUCUAGAUGUAUAGUGUUUGACGAUGUGCAUAGCACACGACGAUGUUGUAGUGUAUGUAAUUUUUACGUUUGAUGAAUUUGUUUAGAUGCUUCCUAACAAUUUUUUAACGAUCGACUGAACUUUUUUAUUAAACUCAUAUCAAAUUAAAAAAUCUGCUGUAAAAGACACUCGAGUCUAAACAAAUUUAUCAAUGUUUUUGAUGUAUAGUUGUUUAACGCUACUUGACCCCGUGGGAGCCUACUAUAAUCUCACUAGUACUACUAUAAUGCAGCGAGUGACCGGUUAGUGUGUGGCUGGUAUAUAUACAUUUAUUUAUAUAUUUGUUGAUAUACCUACGUUAUUUUUGUUUAUGGCAUUUUGCGCUGUGGCAUAAUGCUUGUACAGCGUAUCGCGAAAUAGUGUUCACUGAAAGAUUUACACAUAGAUAAUUAUAUGUAAUAUAAAUGCAUAUUAUAUUACAAUAGAUUUUACUAUAUAGAAUACAUAUAUCAAUAGUUGACUUUGAAUAUUGUGCCUGUGUUAAGCAUCGCAAUCACUUGAGAUGAGGACUAUAAGAGAAAUCAGUUAGAUCAGCCUAGUAUGGUAAAAGAAAUAUUUUUCUAGUUUAAAUUGAUAAGUGAUUACAAAAUGCCAUUUUCUUUAGCUUUUAUUGAGCCCUGUUGUCUAGAUAUUAUCGAUAAGUUGAAAUGUGUUACAUUUUGUCAUAUUAAAUAUGAUCAUUUUCUUUAUAUAUUAUAUACAACUUACUAUUUUAGUUACGUUAGAAGUCAUGCGCAGAUGUUUUUUUUGUUAGUUGUUUCGUGAAUGCUUGAUGUACACUGAGACUUGGUUUUGUGCAAUAAAUAAUCGAUAAACUAGUGGAAAAAUUACCUGAUAAUGCCUUGGAAAUAUUUACUACAAAUACCGCGGAGUUCUAUACAAUUGAUAGAUUUUUAUUGAAAAUCAUAAUUAUAUUAUACAAUAUAUAUAUAUAUAUAUAUAAUUUUAUACAGCAUAGUUAUCUUAGUGUGCAUUAAGUGAAGUAAAUGAGGGUAAUGUAAGAUAAUGGUCACAAAUGUCGAGUGAGGGUAGCUUCGUAACAAUAACGUCUUUGUUAACGUUAGUUCUAGACGUGUAAAGUGUUUUUACGUUUUAGGUGAAACUAACUAUUAUAAUAUAGCAAUCGUUUAGUCACAAAAUAGCGCAGUAUCGGUGAAAAUAUAACAUGUUACAAUCCUAUGAUAAAAUAUGUAUUCUUGACAUCACAAUAACCUUUAUCUUGGGAGUGAAAAAAUCUUGAUUUGAGCACGUCAAGGCAGCAUUUUUUUAAUCGAUUUUUAACUAUAUUACUUAGUAAUAAGUUGUUGAUUUACAAGAACGUGUGUUACUGUCCAAAUCAAUGGCAUUUUUCUAUACCACUAUUGUUUUUUUACAGUGUUCUGUAUUAUAUUGCUUGUUGUAUUGUAUAUAUUAUAUACUUAUGGUUCUAUAUAAUAUGUAUAAUGGUUAUAUUUUGACCGUUACUGUUAAAAUAUUGAGCCUAUCAGAAAGUUCCGUGAAACUGUACGAAUUUACAGUGUCAUAUCAGAUUUGUACAUGCUUGUCUAGCCUACUGUGUCGCACAGUGUUGUGCGCUUUCUGUCCUACUAUUUUUGCGCUUUCGAUAUCGAUUAUUGAUUCAUUAUCGAUAUUUUUAUCAAUAACUCUCUGUGUGUCUGUUGUUUCGAAGCUAACAGAUCGAUGAAAACAGGUUACAGUACAGGAAGCAUCAUCUAAUGGUGUGUUGAUAAUAUAAUUAUAGUCAAAGAAAUGUUAUAUCCUAUACUUUCUACCGAACUUUGAUAUUUGAUAGUUAGACAAGAUUAUAUUUAAUCAUUUCUAUAGUAUUUAUCUUAACAGGGACUACUACUAAAGAGGUGAAACACGAUUGAAAUCGAUAUCGAUUAUCGAAUCAAAAAUCGAUAUGCAGGCGCAGAAUUAAAAUAGCUUAGUACAUUACUGUUGAAUUCUGAAGACUGUUGUCUAUGCCAUUAUCAUAAUAGUAUUAUUUAAUGAAUCUGUACUUACAGUUGAAUAACUGUUGUCUCUACUAAAUUGAUUAACUUUACUUUGUAAUCUAACUGCCUUACUCGGAGACAUUGAAUAGUUACUUAACCCAGUCCUUAAUUGUUUUCGGGACAAAAUCUUUACUAAGGAAUAGUUUUAAGUAAUCAUUUAACGUCUCUGAUACUGAAAUGGAACUCAAUUUUAAGUUGUGCUUAAAUAUCGUGCCGUCUUUGUCAUUUUACAAAGAAUUUGUAGCGACGGCACUAUAUGUACUUAAGCGCGAUUUAAAUUGAAUAAUGUUUCAGUAUUUCGGCAUGAGUUCGACGGUAAAUGUUUGACCGUUCCAGUGUUUUAUCGAUUGUUUUCUUACGCCUUGGUCCUUGUUCAAAACUAACGACGGGUUCCUAUAAUUGAUUUGUCAGUUGAUUUGCUUAUUAAAGAUAGAUUCUUCAUAUCUUGACAUAAGGUUGAAAAUUCUAUCUCUAGUAAGCAAAUACUGUAUGAAGAUUUCUGAAACCUGUCGUAGAAGAAAUGAGUUAUAACUUAAUACAAAUGCUUUCUUAUCUAUUUAAAUAUAUAAAUAUGUUGAAUUGUAAGUACAGUGUGCAGUUACAGUAUCGAUACGCUUAUGUGGUGCGGCAGCUAGGGAUGGCGUCUUCGUGUUAUAUGUUAUCGAUAAAAUCUUUAUUUUUGUGUAAUAAUUAUCGUGAGGCGUACUAAAUUAAUUGUUGAUAACGGCAUACUUAGAAACGAGAAGCGCUCUACUUAUAAAUAAGAGUCCUGUGAUGGCUUGAAAUUAGUAGAGCCUUUCUCUAAUAGUUCACGUGAGUAUGCGGUUAUUUUCGGAUUAAAUCAUUGUUUUGUUGUACUGCUGUAUAUGUUAUAUGGUUAUCAUUGUCACUCAUAUUUCAUCAAGGGUUAGCGCUGAGGGGCGAAGUGGCACCGUUGAGCAACUUAGUAUCGAGAACCCAGUAACAUACUAGGAACUCCUCCGGUGUUUUGGGUGUCUACGGGCGGCGCGAUUGCUUACCAUCAGGUGACCUGUCUGCUCGUUUGCGUGAUAAAAUGAAAAGAAGACAAUUUACACGUUUUCUUUUCGGAUCUUGGAACUUAAAUUCUAAUUCUAGUCGUAUUCCAAAACAUUUUAAGGUUGAAUUUAAACUGUUACUGGAUUCUGUUCUUCGUCGCCACUUUGUUGAUCGCAGCUAACCCUAAAAUAUUUAUGUAUAUUUUUUUACCCACUGCAAUAUAUAAUUGUUAUUUUAUACAUAAUUAUGUAAGGAAUAUGUUUUAUAUUAUAUUGUUUGUAGUGUCUUGGAGCCAUUACAAAUUAAGAGUGUUAGUAGGUCUAAGGAACUUUAAAGUUUUUUUAUAUAUUAUUUUAUUCUAGUGACAUUGAACCUUGGACUCAAAAAAGUUUUAACCAAAAAUACUACUUAAAUUAAGUGAAUUUGUCGUUUUAUUAUAAGAAGACAUAGCCUGGCUUUGUUUUACGUUUAAGAAGAUUGAAACGAGACCGCGUUCGACACACUAAUUGGUUGGUUCAUUGGGCCCGGCCAAUCAGAGCGCCGUACGUCAUCAACGUGUCAAUCUCAUUAAAUAUAAAACAAACUCGUGCACCCUCUGAUUGAUUCUUUAGAUAUUUUUAGGUUUAUUUCGUCAUAUAAUGACCUCGAAAUUUUUUUGUCGACUUACUUAAAAGUCACUUGAAAGUGACUUUAUUUACUAAGCAGCAAAGGUCAUUUUUGCGUAGCAGUCAGUGUAUAUUUUCCCAGUAAUCUAAGUCAAAAGUAAACCAGUUAAGCACUAAAAUAGUCUUUAUUAGUAAUGGCUCUUAUGUAGGUAUAUUAAUUUUUUAAAGUUAUUUAUUUUAUAUAUGGCAUAUUUUUUAAGUCAUAAGGUCCUAAGAUCUAAAAUCAACGAGAUUGGCAAUAUAAUUGGCAUAUUAUGUUACGUUUCAUAUUUUAUAUAUCUUAAAUGUGUUUUAUAUGUUAAAAAAUACUCGUUGUUGAAUUUAUUUGUUGAUUAGAAAACGAAUUUCAAUGUUAUUGCUUCGUUUUUUGUAUAAAAUACAUAAAAAUUAAGUUUUUUCAUUAUAUUAUAAUCGGCUUUAGAAUAUCGAGAAAAUGUAAUGAUACCGACCUUAUGACUAAAACCUACAAUAGUUUACAACAAUCAUUUUUUUUUAAUCACAAUAUUUAACAGCGUCAAAUCAUAAAUUUGGAUUAAUGGAAUUAGGUAUUAUUGUUAUUUUAUAUUUUGAUUUUUACGUUUAUAUUUUUUUUUAUAAUAGCUAUUAAUCCAAGUUUAUAAUUGCAAUGUUUGAAGAGUCGUAUUUGUAUUGAAGAUAUUUUUAUAGUAUGGCAAUACUAUGGUGCGCAAGAGUGGACAGGAUCUAGGGACCAGAGCGUUAUAGUGUUACAAAAUAAAAUGUUUGUAAUUGUUUUGCUGUUGUCUAGAAAUAGUUUAAAUUUUUAAAAUAUUAAUUAUGUUGUGAUCAUGAGAUUUAUAAUCUACUAAUAGUGCACUGUACUAUUAUAUAGUUAUAUGUAUAUAACUGAAACACCAUUCCUUCAUGGUGUCCGCUUGUGCUUAAUAAAAUUAAAAAGAUAUAUUCC